CGCAUACUAUCAAUGGAGUACUAGUCUGAGAGGGAAGGUCGGCGACUGUAAUUUAAAGUUACAGUUUUUUUUCCCGUGGCAUUUUAUUUGUUAGGGUUUUAUCCUCUACGUUUGGUUAGAAGUACUCUUGGCAGUUUCUUCGGCUGACACUGAGUGCUGAGAAGUUGUGAAAAGAUGAAGUACAUUAUAGGGAUUGGCGGAGUGACUAAUGGUGGUAAAACUACCCUGACCAAUAAGUUGGUCCAGACUUUGCCCAAUUGCUGUGUUGUGCACCAAGAUGACUUUUUCAAGAAAACCGAUCAGAUAGAAGUCGGGGACGACGGCUUUAAACAGUGGGAUGUAAUCACAGCUUUGGAUAUGGAGGCCAUGACCAACACGGUAAAAGGCUGGAUCGAGAACCCAGUGAAGUUUGCCCGUUCUCACGGUGUCCCUUUGUCCUCUGCCUCUGAUGUGGCCAACCCCGACAACCAGAUCCACAUCCUGAUUGUGGAGGGCUUCCUGCUCUACAACUACUCUCCCCUUCUGGAUGUGUUCAGUAAGAGCUAUUACAUCACAAUUCCCUAUGAGGAGUGCAAGAGAAGGAGAAGUACAAGGCGGUACACUGUCCCCGACCCUCCCAACCUCUUUGACGGUCAUGUGUGGCCCAUGUACCUGAAGCACAGAAGAGAGAUGGAGGCAAGCGGACUGAACAUCGUGUACCUGGAUGGUUUGAAAUCCAGAGAGGAGAUUUACAACCAGGUGUAUGAAGACAUCCAGAACAACCUGCUCAAUGUUUUAUAGCAGGAAGACUCUUCUUCAUCCCUGUACAGAAUCUGUAAAUAGUCCCAAGGACUUUUUUUAUGAAGUUAAUUUUAUUCUUUUUUUUGUAAAUAGAAGAAAGUGGUAGCACAGUGAUAACUUAUUUUCUUUUUUUAUCAUCUUAUAUGAUCAAUGCUUGUUUUCCUCUUAUCAAUUGAUUGUUGAACUGAUUAUGUUAAAUAAUUUACAUGUACCAUUUAUCUGCCUGUCGCAUUGUCUGACAAAUAAACAAUUGGUGGCUUGAAGGAUGAAAUGCA